AUGAGUGGUGGUACGUUAGAAGAGAAUCCUGGUUUGGCUCCAGAUGGUGGAUGGGGCUGGAUUAUUGUAUUUUGUUCAUUUAUGAUACAUUUUAUUAUGGAUGGUAUUACUUAUGCCAUGGGUGACGUAUAUAUGCAGCCAAUGAAAGAAAGAUUAAAUUUAGGCCGUGAAUACAUAUCUGCUAUUUUUAGUAUAUUGCCGGCAAUAACAUUGUUCGUAGGACCAAUAGCAACUAUUUUUACAAAUCGUUUUGGUUGUCGAAUGAUAACUGUUAUUGGUGCAUUUAUUGCUGCAUUUGGAUUUUUUCUUAGCUUUUGGAUUGCAAGUAUAUGGUGGUAUUAUAUUACAAUCGGAAUUAUUGGAGGUUUUGGAUUUGGUAUGAUAUAUUUACCAGCUAUUGUCAGUGUUGGAUAUUAUUUUGAAAAGAAACGUGCAACAGCUAUGGGAAUAGCUGUAUGUGGUUCAGGUGUUGGUACAAUGGUAUUUCCAUUUUUAAUGCCUUACAUAACGGGUUGGCCAGUAUAUUUUGGAUAUGAAGGUGGAUUACUUAUACAAUCGAGUAUCAUAUUUAUGUGUAUUUUAUUCGGUUUAUUAAUGAUUCCAUUACCACACGAGCCAAGCGAAAUAUUACGUCUAAAAAAAAAAUCAUUAAGUGGAAAUAAUAAGAAUUAUGAGCUAGUGAAUAUCAACGAACAUAAUCAUUUACAACCAAUUCUAGAAGUACCAGAAAGAUUGUCCAGUCAAGAUGCAGGUGUCGUUCCAAUUCGACCUAUUGAAUCGGCGACUAACAACUAUGAGGAAACGUCAACUCCACGUGGAAUGAUCCAGUCAAAUCCUAAACGAAAUUCUUCUAUGCCGUUAUUGCUUGUCAAUGGUGAUGACAGUGUUCAACCAUUUCUUAAUAAUAAACAAAAGCCGUGGACAAGAUCGUUACACCACCUUACGACACAAUCGUCUGAUCAUCACCAUCCAGUACUAUCAUUCAAACAGUUUCCACGCAAAGAUGUUCUCUAUAUGGGAAGUUUAAAAAAUAUUCCUAUGUUUGUGAAACAACCAGAUGAAUAUCAUCGACAAAUUAUUGUUGAUACACAGCAAUCAUCUGACGAAGAUCCUGUUACAUUAUCGACAACUACAGCGAAAAAAACAGAGUCUAUUUGGACACGUUUUAUUGAUUUAUCAUUAUUAGGAAAUAUCGUAUUUUCUAUAUUUGCUGUAUCAAAUUUUUUAACAAGUCUUGGUUUCAAUGUACCAUAUACGUUUGCUGGUGAUUUAGCAAUGGAUUUACACGUGCCUGAAAGUCAAAAACAUUAUAUUGUCAUGUCAAUGGGUAUUGGAAAUACAAUUGGAAGAAUUGUUAUUGGCUUUCUGGCUGAUAAAAAGAUCAAUCGUUUAGCCUUGUAUAACAUUACAUUGAUUAUUGCCGGUAUUGCGACAAUGGUGGCACCAUUAGCAGGACCUUAUUUAGCCCUUCAUAUAGGCUAUGCCUCUGUAUUUGGUUUUUUCUCCGGGGGUUAUGUUGGUUUAACGUCUAUAAUUGUUGUUGAUCUGGUUGGUUUAGAGAAGCUCUCAGACGCAUUCGGUGUAUUAUUGUUGUUUCAAGGUGUUGCUGUUGCCAUCGGCUCACCGAUAGUCGGCGCAUUGCGUGAAUUACUUGGGAAUUACAAGAUCCCCUAUUUAUUAUUCGGUCUAUUUAUAACGGUUAGUGGUGCCAUGCUAUUUUCAAUUCCACCUUUGAUGAAACGUCGGCAGAAAUCAAAACAUAAAGUGACACAACAUGAUCUCGAUAUGGGUGUGGUAGUUUAUUCAGAACAAAAUUUGACACAAACGACAUGA